AUCGAUCUGACCAACAACCUCAGCUAGGAUCCCGCUACCCAAAUCACACCCCCGUGGCAAAAAAAAUUGAUUUCCUCCUGCGCCUAUAAAGUCUGGGGCGCUGCUUCUCUGGGGCAUUAGUACCGCGCGAUGAUAGGAGGGAGAACCAGGAAACGCCAGGGCCACCAUUGUUGGGAGAGAAAGCUUGCCGCCAUGGGGAAGUCGGAAAAUUCGGUGGCCAAUUUCCGCCUCUGUCUAUGCCCGCCGCAAUCGCUGCUCGGUGCGCCUGUCUGCUGCUCGCGGUCUGGCUCAGUUGCUGCGACGUCGAGCUCAAGCAGCCGUGGGGGGAUUCACCAUCGCACGCCAAGCGGGCGUACCGUACACACGAAGAACCGACGUGGUUGGCUCCUCACCAGGUCGGAGCUCCAUCGCCGAUCAGUGCUGCUGCCAGAACCUCUGGUCAAGAACAGGUACCACAAGAUGAGGCGCAUGGAGGAUGCUGUGAUGAGUUCGUGAGUGGUCUAGACCGUCGUCUCCCAGUCAACUUUGGGUUGCUGGACCGUUGUCUCCUUAUAAUGUAAUUAUUUAUUUAUUUUGUACAAAACUCCUAUUAUAUAGUAAAGAUGUGACAUUC